CACGCAGCGAGAUAAGGUAUCCCAUACAUUAACCCAGAGAAGUUGCGACAUGGUUCACUCAAAGCCUGAGGUAUUUCCUGUCGCGAACACUGGUUCGCCGAAGUUUGUGCCGCAGAUGGACCAACAACAGCAGCCUGAGAAGCUUGGCUCGAGCGGUCCCGGUCGUAAGGGGUCGUUGACAUUGGAUGUGCUUGAGAGCAAUAACUAUCAUCGGAUGGAGACACAUGUUGGGCAAUCGCCUGCGCAGUUGUAUUUGACGGAGAGUGGGAGGUUGUUUCACGCUGGUAAGAUUGCGAUUGUGUUUGUCGGUCUACCAGCAAGAGGCAAAACACAUCUCGCCGUAUCACUUGCUCGCUAUCUGAAUUGGCUCGGCGUCAACACCCGCACCUUCCACCUCGGCGAUUACCGUCGUGCUUUCGUCGCCGACAAGGAUCUCCCAGAAGACUACUGGAUCCUCGACGCGAGUGAACCGACAAAGGAGUUACGAGCCAAGAUUCUGGAGAACUGCAGAGAUGAUCUGAUUAGGUGGUACGACGAGGAAAAGGGACAAGUCGCGAUCUAUGAUGCGGUCAACCCAAUUGCGAGUAAGAGGAGGGAGUUGAAGGACAUGUUCGCCAGGCAUGAUAUCCAGACGCUGUACAUCGAGUCCUUCUGUGAUGAUCCGAAGAUCAUUGAGGCGAAUGUACAUUCUGUCAAGAUCUCUUCACCGGAUUACGUUGGUUGGGACCCGAGGGAGGCUGUCAAGGACUACCUUCGCCGAAUCGACGCCAAGAUUCCUCAUUUCGAGUCAAUCGAGGAUCGUGAUCUGGAUUAUGUCAAGGUUAUCAAUGUUGGAGAGAAGAUUAUCGUUAACAACGCCCGUUUCGGGUAUUUGUCGAGUCGUAUCGUCUUUUACUUGACCAACCUCCACAUCAAACGCCGCGUAUUCUACCUUGCACGCGCAGGCAACUCAAUCGACGAAGGCUCCUAUCGUCUCGACUCCGAACUCGACGACGAAGGUCGUUCAUACGCCGAAUCCCUUACCCGAACCGUCCUGAAACGUCGCGAAAGCGAAUUGAAACAGCGUCGUGAGAAGGGCGAUAUGUCACCCGAGAACUCAUUGAUCGUCUGGACAUCUACACGUGCGCGUACAGUCCAAACAGCAAGCGGCUUCAAAGAGGCAGGCUUCACCGUCCGUGAACGACCACAACUGUCCCAACGAAACCCCGGCGUCUGCGAAGGCAAAUCCGCCGAAGAAAUCCGAAAGAUGUACCCGGAUAUCUGUGCCGCCCUCGAUCAAGACCCCUACCAUACCCGAUUCCCGCGUGCAGAAAGUUACCACGACGUCGCACUCCGCACCUCGGACGUCCUCCUCGAAAUGGAGAGACAGCGGGGCGAUUUGUUGAUCAUUGCGCAUGAGAGCGUGUUGAGGUGUUUGUAUGCUUAUUUUAGGGGGACACCGGCGGAUGAGAUUCCGUUUUUGAGUUUUAGGAGGAAUGAGUUGGUGGAGGUGUUGCCGGGGUCCUAUAACUGUGCGGAGGUGAGGAUUACCAUUGAGGGGUGGAAGUAAUCAUGUAGGAUGAUGGAGGGAGAUGAAGCAUAGUGCGAAUGUGUACGAUACACUUGAGAUGUUGGAACUUCGGAUGGUAUUCUUAGACAAUUGAGGUAGCCUCAGAGGAUCACAAUAUACCCAAGUAUGACCUUCCUUCGUCGAAGCUUGAAGAUGAUG